AUGAUUUCUCCGCGAAAUAUUUGUUUAUACUUUCGGAAGUAUUCGUAUUACUCUGGCAAACACGUCUCCAUUCAGGAUAGCAAAAGGGAUACUUCCUUCAACAUAGAUGCUGUAAUAAAGAGUCAUGAAAAAUGGAUGGGACGUGCUGCAGCAAUACAAGCAAAAGAAUCAGAUCCCAAAAUUUAUCGAAUAAUUCUACCGCCUCCAAAUGUUACCGGCAAUCUUCACCUUGGCCAUGCCUUAACAGUAACUGUGGAAGAUGCCAUGUGCCGAUAUCGACGUCUUCAGGGACAGCAGGUAAUAUGGUAUCCUGGAUUCGAUCAUGCAGGAAUUGCCACACAAGUUGUUGUUGAACGAAUGUUGUGGAAUGAGAAAAAAUUACGAAGACAUCAGAUCACACAGCAUGAUUUCUUGAAAUUAUGUCAGCAGUGGAAGAACGAGCGAGUGGCUGAUAUUUCGAAGCAGCUGAAAGCUCUUGGUGCAACACUUGAUUGGCAUAAUAUGUACUACACAUUAGAUGAUAAAUUUUCUGAAGCGGUUGCUGCUGCAUUUUGUCAAUUAUACAAUGAUGGUUUGAUAUUCAAUGAUUUGAGAAUGGUCAGUUGGUGUCCGACUUUAAGGAGCACUAUUUCCGAUCAGGAAGUUGAUAUUGUAGAUAUCGGGAAAAAUGAUUAUUUCCCACUGAAUGAAUCAGGUUUAAAAAGGAAAUGUGUUGAAGUAGGUGUUAUGCAUCGAAUUCGUUAUGAAUUUUUGAAUGCAAACAGCUCAUUUGGCGAUAAUUAUUUAGAAGUAGGAACAACAAGGCCAGAAACAUUGUUUGCUGACUGCGCAUUAGCUGUUAAUCCGAAUGAUAAACGUUAUGUAAAGUAUGUCGGCUUGUAUGUUCGGCAUCCUUUGUUUCCAGAUCGUACAUUACCUAUUUUAGCUGAUACAACAGUGCAAAUUGAUAAGGGUACAGGAGUUUUAAAAAUAACACCAGCACACGACUUUACUGACUUUGCUAUCGCUAGAAGUCAUUCAAAUAAGCUGUCCGAUGAGGACUUCAAUCGAUCUUGUAUCGAUGAAUCUGGUUGUCUCAUAAAUGCAGGCGAUUUUAAUGGAAUGGAUCGAUUUGAAGCUAGGAAUAAAAUAAUAGCAAAACUGGUUGCAUGUGGUAAAUAUGGUGGGACAAUGCCUUAUCAUGAACAGCAACUAAGGAUAUGUAGUCGAACUGGUGAUAUUAUCGAACCAAUGAUUAAGAAGCAGUGGUUCAUGGAUUGCGCUACUAUGAAUGAUACAGCUCUUAGAGCUAUUGAACAGGGCUUGCUUACUAUAUCUCCGAAAUAUAUGCAGAAGCAUCUGGAAAAUUGGUUGAAUAAAAAAGAACCCUGGUGCUUAAGUAGACAGCUUGAUUGGGGACAGCGGAUACCGGCAUUUCGUCCCGAUUCCAAUAGCGACUGGAUUGUGGCCCCAAAUGAGUCUGAAGCGUUGCGUCUCUGUGAUGCAGCAAACACUAAAAUGCAUUUAAAACAGGAUGAAGAUGUCUUGGACACAUGGUUUUGUUCGUCGCUUAUCCCCAUUAUUUUGCUUGGUUGGCCAAGAAAGCGAAUUGAUCGCAUUCCAUUAUCUGUGUUGGAAACUGGGUACGACAUUGUUGGAUUUUGGGUAGCACGAAUGGUUGCCGUUUGUUAUAGUUUAACGGGUUAUUUGCCUUUUCCAAAAAUUGUGCUACACGGUUUGGUACGUGAUGAAAAUGGAAAAAAGAUGAGUAAAUCGUUGGGAAAUGUAAUCGAUCCAAUGGAUAUUGUUGAUGGUAUUUCACUCCAGAAAAUGUUGGAACGUCUUGACAAAAGUACUCUUUCGGAGACAGAAAAAAAGAUGGCAUCAGAUUCGCUGAAAUCUCGAUUCCCGGAAGGAAUUCCUCGAUGUGGUCCGGAUGCUUUACGUUUCGCUUUACUCCGUCAUGAUGUUGGUACUAUGGACAUCUAUAUCGAUGUUGUACAAACAGCUGUGGAAGGUUUAAGAUUUUGCAAUAAGUUAUGGAAUCUUUGUAUAUAUGCGAAUGAAAUAUGGCGAAAUAAUUGCGAAAUUUCUGAUAAAGUUUGCGGUGAUCGUAUUGAAGAUUGCUGGAUAAGGAGUCGUUUGGAAAGUUCUUUAAUGAUAAUAUCAGAAAAAAUGGAGUCAGACUGCCCCCAUUUAGCGCUUAGUACACUACAUGGCUUUCUGUACAAUGAUUUAUGUGAUGUUUAUAUUGAAUCUACAAAAAAAGCAUUAUGGUCAAAAGAUUAUCCAAGACUGAGGGUAGUUGCUGAAGUUUUGCAUGAUGUUAUUGAAAAAUCGUUGGUUCAUCUUUCGGUUUUCAUGCCUUUUGUGAGCCAGUAUCUUUUUGAUCGCAUCAAACGAGAAAAAGAAAGCAGUAUUUUUGACGAUUUGAAGCCUUGUUUGAUCGAUAAAAAACUUGAAAAAGAUAUGUCUUUUGUGCUAGAGGUGAUUAAAGCUGUAAGGUCUAUCCGGGCACAGUUUCGAAUUCCUACAAAAAAUACUUUGCAAGUAGCUUGUUAUGGAGGAAACUGCGAUCUGAAAAAUUUCCAGUUUAUUAUUCAAGAACUCUGUAACGUCACAGUCUUGUCAGCAGCUACAGAAGAGAACAAUAAUUGUACUGUGCCUUUUCCUGUGUCUGGUUAUUCAGCCGAAAUCCAUCUCUCUAUUGGGGGUGAUUAUGGUUCCUUAGUUAAAAAAGAAUUAUUGAGGCGAUUACAGAAGGCAGAAAAAAGGAAAGGACAAUUUUUGCAUCAAAUUGACAGGCAUGAAAAAUUAGCUAGAAGUGCAACCAGGGAUGAUUUAGUAGAAAGACAUCAGCGAAAAAUUUCUCAGGCAAAUACAGUGGUGAAUGGUAUGGUUGAGGAAAUUUCAAAAUUAGGAGCUUUAAUUAAAAGAUUAGAAGCAUUUUGA